AUGGAACCGAGAGCACAGUUGAACAAGGAUCUUGAUGGUCAACCAGUGGAUGCCACUGAGUAUAGGCGAGUCAUUGGUUGUCUCAGGUAUUUGGUACAUACUCGCCCUGACCUUUCUUUUGCUAUUGGAGUAGCCAGCAGGUUCAUGGAAAGACCAACUAUGAUGCAUCACAAUGCUGUGAAGGAAAUUCUUCGGUACUUAUCUGGUACCAUACAUUAUGGACUGGUGUAUGGCAGAGGAGUAGAAGCAGAGGUGAUCACUGGGUUUACAGACAGUGACUUUGCGGGAGAUAUGGAUGACAGAAAGAGCACGGGAGGAAUGGCUUUCUACAUUAAUGAAUGUCUUGUAUCCUGGAAUUCACAGAAAUUGAAGACAGUUGCUCUUUCAUCGUGCGAGGCGGAAUUCAUGGCGGCAACAGUAGCGGCAUGCCAUGCACUCUGGCUUAGAAGUUUGCUGGGAGAACUGACUGGAAGAGAACUAGGAGUGGUGAAGCUAUUUGUUGACAACAUGUCAGCGAUUGCAUUAAUGAAAAACCCUGUCUUCCAUGGUCGCAAUAAGCAUAUUGACACAAAAUUCCAUUUCAUUCGUGAGUGCAUUGAAGGAGGACAGAUUGUGGUUCAGUUCGUCUGCACUGAGGAUCAAAAAGCAAAUGCUCUGACGAAGGCUUUGCCAGCGGGGAAGCUUGCGACAAUGCGGCACCUGAUGGGUGUUCGCGAUCUCGAACCACAACUGGAUUAA